AUGAAUUUGGCCGUCAUAUACUCCUUGAUCAAUACCCUCUGGGCACUGCCAACGAUCUUUCGCUCAAUUCUGCCUCAUAGACAUCUGGAUAUUGCCCAAUUCGAAGUCUAUUCACUGCCAGGUGCACCUUCUCUUCCUACCAGUUGGGCCGGCCGGAUUCCGGUUCCUGAUACUGAGCCUGGUAAUUCGCUGUUCUUUUGGCACUUCCAGGCCGAAGACAUCGCGCACGAUGACAACCUGAUCAUCUGGUUCAAUGGCGGACCUGGCUGUUCGUCUCUGAUCGGACUGAUGUCGGGCAAUGGGCCUCUCUCCUUCGUUGAAAAUUCGACAGAACUCGUUCGCAAUCCUUACUCCUGGACUCGAUUGGGACAUGUUCUGUAUAUCGACCAGCCCGUCGGCACGGGACUUUCCACUGCGAGUGAACCGUACCCACUGUCAGACAAUGAAGGAGUGACUUCGUAUCUAUAUGCGUGGCUACAGUCCUUCUUCGCCCAUUUCCCGCACCUCAGGUCCAAGCAGAUCCACCUGAUGGGCGAGUCCUACGCUGGGAUCUACAUCCCGUAUAUCGCGGCAACCAUCAUGCGCCACCAGGCUUCAUUCCCUCUCAACCUGCGCUCGAUGUCCCUGGGCGACGCGACCUUUGGCAAUGCCAUCGCCAUGUCCAGCAUCCCCACGGUAGCAUACUUGCGCUCCAAACAGUCGCUACUUCAAACACCCCCAGACAUCGUCAAAGCCUUCAUCAAAGCCGACUCCAUCUGCGGAUUCGACCAGAUUAUACAAAGCGCAGCAGAAUUCCCUCCCAAGGGACCAAUCCCCAUCCCCGACGAUGCAGACGACGAUAACGACGUACCAGAGCAAACAUGUAGCGGUGACACAGAAGCAGCAGCCGCAAUGCAACAACCACCCCUAACGACCCCCGAAGAGAUCCUCUCCUCCAUCCUGAACUCUACCACCUGCGACGGAUCCUGCGCCAUCUUCUCCACAGCAUCAAGAUACCUCUCCUCCUCGUCCCGAUGCUUCGACAUCUACGACCUAACAAACAACUGCACAGCGAUCGACCCCCUGCCCCUACUAUCUUCAUAUUUCAGCCGACCCGACGUCCAGAACAAACCCCAACAGCCACCAUCCCCCCGGCCCCCAAACCCCUCCAUCACCAGCAACCAAGCAAAACCCUACCACCCCUGCAACGACACCCUCCGCACCCUAAUCCUCAAAGACGGCCAACUACCCGCACCGCCCGCCGAGCAAAUUCUACCAGACCUCAUCACAACGCAUAAUCUCGCCCUCCACAUCUACGCCGGCGACAGCGACUUCCUCCUGAACCACUACGGCAUCGAGCUGGUCCUGCAGAACAUGACCUGGCGAGGCGCGCAGGGAUUUUCGCGGUCCUUCGCGCGGAACUAUUUCUACACUGACGACGCCGCGCCCCCGCGUAACCGCUCUUGCGCUGCGGAACCACCGUCUGGUCGAACCAGUAAAAAAUGCGACGAGCUGCCAACCACGGAAGCACCAGCAGGAGCAGGAGCAGCAGGCCUUUGGACUUCCUCGCGAGGUGUCACAUACCAUCUCUUCUGGGACGCGGGCCAUGCGGUGUUUGCUAAGAAGCCGCGGGAGAUGUUUGCUUUCGUGCGGGAUGUUGUUUUGGGGUCUGGUGAUUGGGAUUCAGAGUAGAAUAGAACAAGACAGCAUGC